AAGAUCAGACGGUGAGGAAGAAAAUUACCUCAAUUUAUAUUUAUUUAUUUAAAUAACUGGCUUGCAAUUCGAAGGCAAAAAUGAACACCAACCUCACCUACCAGUCGUAAGUGUGUCAAUACCGGAGCUUUCGAGAGAGAGUCGAAGAUGUCGUGCUUGGCGUCUUGCUGUGUAGCUUCGACCUGCGGUCUAUGCACCUCUGUGGCAUCAGGGAUCUCCAAACGCUCGGCCAGACUUGCUUACUGCGGUCUCUUUGGUUUAUCGUUAAUUGUUUCCUGGAUUCUCCGUGAGGUCGCAGCUCCUCUCUUGGAGAAAAUCCCAUGGAUAAACAGUUCUGGGACUCACACAAAGGAAUGGUUUCAAGUACAAGCAGUUCUUCGUGUGAGCAUGGGGAAUUUCUUGUUUUUUGCAAUUUUUGCCCUUAUAAUGAUUGGAAUAAAGGACCAGAAUGACAGACGUGAUUCAUGGCACCAUGGUGGAUGGAUUGCAAAGAUGGUGAUCUGGCUUUUGCUUGUAGUGCUUAUGUUUUUCAUUCCUAAUGUUGUCAUUUCCAUCUAUGGAACGAUAUCAAAAUUUGGGGCAGGGUUAUUUUUAUUGGUUCAAGUAAUUAUCUUACUAGACUGUACGCACUCAUGGAAUGACGCAUGGGUUGAAAAAGACGAGCAGAAGUGGUAUAUUGCUUUACUUGCAGUGUCAGUUGCAUGCUAUAUUGCAGCAUUUGCGUUCUCAGGAAUUUUGUUCAUUUGGUUCAACCCAUCUGGCAAUGACUGCGGCCUCAAUGUCUUUUUCAUUGUCAUGAUGAUGAUUUUGGCGUUUGUGUUUGCAGUUAUUGCAUUGCAUCCUGCGGUGAAUGGAAGCCUUCUGCCUGCUUCUGUGAUAUCUCUCUAUUGUGCUUAUGUGUGCUACACCGGUCUCGCCAGUGAACCUCGUGAUUAUGCAUGCAAUGGUCUGCAUAACAAAUCCAGAGCGGUUACCACAAGUACUCUUAUUCUAGGGCUGAUCACGACUGUUCUGUCUGUUCUUUACUCUGCUGUUCGUGCUGGAUCUUCAACAACAUUUUUGUCACCACCAUCUUCACCCAAGUCAGCUGAGAAGAAACCUCUUCUCGAAGCGGGGGAGAUGGAAGAAGGAAAGGAAAAAAGCAAGGAGACUGAAGCGCGUCCUGUUAGUUAUUCUUAUACGUUCUUCCAUGUGAUAUUUGCUUUGGCUAGCAUGUAUUCGGCUAUGCUUCUUUCUGGAUGGACCAGCUCAUCUGAGAGCUCAGACCUCAUAGAUGUUGGCUGGACAUCAGUUUGGGUUCGGAUCUGCACAGAGUGGGUGACUGCAGUACUAUAUAUCUGGUCUCUUGUGGCUCCUAUGGUUUGCCCCGAUCGUGAGUUCUUUUAAGUAUGCUGUUCAUGAUACGUCUAGCAUUGCCAGAAUCUGUUAUUAUGUAGAUAAUUAGGUGGUGGAGCCUAAAUUUAAUUUGCCUAAUUUUUUUUCUUUUGGUGGAAAAAGAAAGGGAUGAAAUGGGGAAGGAAUGUCACCAGUGUUGGGUCUGUCGAGGGUUGUAGUAUCCUGUACUCAGGUUUGCAUAUGUUUAAUUAUGAAGUAGAUAUUACCAAGAAAUAAUUGUCCUCCAUAAGAAUUUCAGUGUCAAACUUAUUUUUCUUAAA